AAAGGGCUGUCCCCAUUUAUUUAUCAACUAAAUUGAUUUUGCCUGAUUCAGUAAUAUGGUUGAAAAAUUCAUGCAUCCGAACAAAAUUACUCGUUCAAUUUGGGAUAAGAUUUCACAUCUUUGUGGGUAUAAUCCUAAUCAUUUUUACUUUUCCAAUCUACUCUCCUCAUCUUAGAAAUGCCCAUUUUUGUCCAUUCCUCUUUGUAUAUAUCUGUCUCUGACUCUGUAUCCUUCUCAUCAAUUUCAAGCUGGUUUUUGAUGGCCAAAGUUGAAAAAGUUGCAGUGAAUUUGUCGAAGAUUGAAGGGAAAGAAAAGGGGAAAUUCUCAAAUUAAAUUAUUCAUUUCUUGAAGAUUAAUAGAGGGCCCAAGAAGAUUGAACCGCCGAAAUUGAAAUGGGAACUGUAAUGGAGCCAGCCAAUGAGAUUAGACAAAGAGGAAAGCAUUACUACACAAUGGGGCAAACUUUGUUUGAGAUCGAUACAAAAUAUGUUCCAAUCAAACCCAUAGGAAGAGGGGCAUAUGGGGUUGUUUGUUCUUCAAUUGAUAUGGAGACUCAUGAGAAAGUGGCAAUCAAAAAGAUACAAAAUGUGUUUGGGAAUAGGAUUGACGCAUUGAGGACUCUCAGGGAGUUGAAGCUUCUGCGGCAUCUUAAGCAUGAGAAUGUGAUUGCCUUGAAGGAUGUCAUGAUGCCUAUGCACAGGAGUAGCUUCAAGGAUGUGUAUUUGGUGUACGAAUUGAUGGAUACUGAUCUUCAUCAUAUUAUAAAGUCAUCUCAGCCGUUAUCAAAUGAUCAUUGCAAGUUUUUUAUUUUCCAGCUUCUUUGUGGUUUACAAUAUCUUCACUCGGCAAAUGUCCUUCAUCGGGACUUGAAACCAGGAAAUCUCCUCGUUAAUGCUAAUUGUGCACUCAAGAUAUGUGACUUUGGAUUAGCAAGAACUGGCAAUGACAGUGGACAAUUCAUGACUGAAUAUGUAGUCACAAGGUGGUAUCGUGCGCCAGAGUUGCUUCUUUGCUGUGACAAUUACGGGACCUCUAUUGACGUCUGGUCUGUAGGGUGCAUCUUUGCUGAAAUCCUUGGCAGGAAACCAAUAUUCCCAGGAACAGAGUGCCUCAAUCAGCUUAAACUUAUCAUUGAUGUCCUUGGCAGCCAAACUGAAGCCAAUCUUGCAUUCAUUGAUAAUCUGAGGGCUAAAAAAUUCAUAAUGUCACUUCCUUGUUCAAGAGGGGUUAACUUUGCUUCUCUCUACCCCCAUGCUGAUCCUUUGGCCAUAGAUUUGUUACAGCGGAUGCUAGUUUUUGAUCCAUCGAGGAGAAUCACAGUGACAGAAGCUCUUUAUCAUCCAUAUUUGUCAGGUCUCUAUGAUCCAAGUCGCAACCCUCCUGCUCAGUUUCCUCUCAGUCUUGAUGUUGAUGAGAACAUGAGCGAAACAAUGAUCCGCGAGACGAUGUUGAGAGAGAUCCUUCUUUACCAUCCGCCACAAGUUACUUACACGAACACGAACACGGUGAUAAAUUUUUAAUUUGAGAAGCAUUUCUUUGGCACUAGACCUUUGGAAAAAGCAUAAAAGUUGUGGGGAAGGAAAGAAAGAACAAAAAGUACCAAUACAUUAUUAGUACACAAGUAUUGUUUUAGAAUCAUACUUGUUCUGUACCAAGCCUUGGAUACUUCUUUUUGAUUGCAUCAAUUUAUUAUUUAAGCCCGAAGGGGAAAAGGGACAGUGCAGUGGCAGUGAUAUAGCAGUUGAAUCCGAGCAAUUUGCCUGGAGAGUGGUGACUUCAAUCGCUCGACUCUUGGGCCAACCCUUGCUCCUCUAAGCUCUGAAUAUUUUGAUUAGUCCAGAAAUUUUUGAUC